AUGGGCCGUAAAAAAAUUACAAUAGAGACUAUCAAAGACGAUAGAUUAAGAAAUAUAACUUUCAAUAAAAGGAAGAGCGGUUUGCUUAAAAAGGCGGCUGAACUUUCUAUGCUUUGCAACAUACAAGUAUGUCUUGCAUUCACAGAUGUCUAUGGAAACCUCAUUAAUUUUUAUUCUCCAGAUGCUAGCGUCGCAUAAGAGUUUUCGAAAACUCAUCCAUACAAGAAAGUCUACACAUUCACCAGAGACGAUUACCCAAACUUUUUUGGCAUGAGAAACAAAAAGAAGCAAUCAGACAUCAAGAAGGAAGAUGGUGAGGAAUCUCAGAUGGAUUAAAUUGAUGAGUCUGAAAAUGGAGAAGAAGACGAAGAAGAAAUGAGCCAAAAUUCAAAGUCAGAUAUUAACUCAGUUAGUAAGAAAAGUGCCCACAGAAAUAAUGAAAUAAAUAGUACCAAUAAUUUGGCGGUGAAGGCAAAGCCGUAACCUAAAAAAUAGCUUACUAUUUCUGUUCCUGAAAAUAAAAUUGUUAUACAAAGCAUGCAUGUUUUAAAGAGCACCUUCAUGGAAGGAGGAUAAGCAGCACCCAACCAAGCACCAAAUGUCACUUCAGAUAGCAAUAAAAACUCUAAUUUAAUUAAUUAAUAGCAAUAUCAUCACAUUCCUAAUUAAAACUAGAGUGGUUUGCCUAAUAUGCCAAAUAUAAUGGGAGCAAACUAGAAUUUUUAGCAAAAUAUGAUUCAUCAAACACAAAAAGGAAACAGCGGAAACAAUAUUGAAAAUCCUCAAAAUAAUAAUAUGGGAAAUAUUUUGAAUCAGUAAUUGCUGACUUAAAAUACUAUCUAAGGAAUGAAACUUUAGGAAGACAUGAAAUAGUAACUUCAAUAAUUUGUUGUCAGUGGAGGUGGUAUCAAUUAACCCUCUAUAAUGAAUCAAAAUCUUAUUAAAAAUAUGUAGAAUGAACUAAAUUAAGUCUCUCAAAAUCCUUUCGAUAUAUUGAAUACUUUAUAAUAAACUGACCCUUCUGCUGCUGUGAUGGGAAAUACUUAAAAUUUCUUAAACAACCAAUUAUAUAGCAAUUCAAAUAAUUUUAUGAAUUUGGUGUAACAAGUUUCUCCUUAAUUUGCUAAUAACUCUUUAUUGUAGAAUUAAUAGUAGCAGUUCGAUAUGUAUAACGCUUAGUAAAAUCAACAAAUCAACAAUCAAAACUAGCAACAAAAUAAUAGCUCCUAGCAACAAUAGCAACAGCCUGGUCAAAAUUAACAACAUCAAUAACAAUAGCAGCAAUAGCAGUAAUAACAACAAUAGUAAUAGCAACAAUAAAAUUAAUAAUCUGUAUAGCAACAACAACAACAACAGCAACAACUUAAAAAAUCUUUCAGACCUUCAUCAAAAUCAGGACUUAACUCAAACAAUGGCUUACUUUUUCAAUCAAGCAACAAUUAAGGAUUCUUAGAAUAGCUUUUGUUGUAGCAGUAAUAUCAACAACCAAGUAUUUCAAAUACUGCUUUAUAACAAAGGAUCAGUAGUAAUUCACAUAAUUUCUUAGUUCCAAAGAGUGGAAACUUCCAAAAUCCUACUUCUAACCCUAGCAUUUUUAACUUUUUAAAUGGCAAAAUCAAUGAAUCACCUCAUCUAGAUAAGAUUAAAAAUUCAUUACCUCCUUACAACACCUCAAAUCCUUUCUUGAAUGCCUCACUCUUUUCUGGAAAUAACUUUAAUAAAGCCUAUUUAGAAUUAAACUCUCUUGCUGACAAAUACCCAUCUCUAAACUAAGAUGAAUCACUAAACUUGAUGAACUAGCAAUACUAACAAUUUUCAAUGUAGUAAUAGCUUCAAUAGCCAUUCUAAAAGCAAGUAGGAAACUAAUUGGAUCAAGAUAUGCAAUAAAACCCAAAUGCCUAACAAAAUUAUCCAGGUGGAAUCAAUUCUGUUCUUUUGUAAAAUCAAAACCAGCACUAAGUUCCUCACAACCAACAACCUCAAAACUAAAACCAAAUUUUGAUAAAUCCAAACCAAAACAAUAUGAAUAACAAUAAAAGCAACAAUGGCAGUGGUUAGAAUAACGGUAACAAUAUAUUGUAAUCUCAAUAAUUAUAAGGCAUGAAUAACUAAUAAAAUCAAUAAUAAAUUUUGAAUCCACACUUUUAUUCUCAGCAACCAAUGUAGAAUCUGCUGACCAAGCAUGAUGAAUCAAUAAAUAACAAUUUAUUGAACGGAGCAAACACCAAAUAUAUAGUCCACGAAGGAGGAGAAAAUAAAACACAAAACAUUAACUUAGCUCAUCCAACUCACAAUAACAUCCUUCAAACAAAUCAAAACGAUUAAAAAAUGUAGUGA